AUUUUAAUUUGGAUCGAUUAUAUCAAUCUAUUCUUCAAUUUUAUUCGAUCUAUCGAUGCUGACAUUGAUGAAGAUUGUUUUCUUCUUGAAAUGGGUUGUGUAUUUUUUGGAAAACGGGUGAGAGUUGUGGGCGAUCUUUUAAUGAUAUCGUAUCGGACUAUCCUUUUUCUUAUGUAUAAUCGCUGGUAUCUUGAUGACCAACAAUGGCUUCGUAUGGUUAAUCUUCACUAUGACGAAUUGGUUAAAGAAGACAUUCAUCUUCCGUUGGAAACAGUAGAGAAAACAGUUCGGAAAGCAUUCACUAUCACAAUAACUGUAAUCAUUCUUUUCAAUGUCAGUUAUUUUCUUAUUCAAAAUCCACAAAUUUAUGAUAGACUUCUAACUCAUCUCUAUAUUUCACUGAGUACAUAUUUAUCUGGAUUUUUUCUUACCUUACCAUUUAUUCUUAAUGAUAUUUGUGCAUCGUUACUUCGACAAUAUUAUCAACGAUUUCAUUUACAUCUAACUGAAGGAAGUUUAAAACCACAAUUUGUUCAAACAUUCUGGAAUCUAUAUCUAAUGAUUCAAUAUGCAAAAGUUUUUUUGAAAGAAUCAUAUAUGAUUGUUGUGGGAUGUUUAUUUGCUUCAGUGCUUGAAAUUUAUUAUUUUGCUUUCUAUUCGGAUAUUCAUCCUGUCAAACGAUAUAUAUGUGCAAUUCUACUCUUUUUAAUCAUACAGAAUAUCAUCUCUUUUUCGGUAGUAUUCGGUCAAAUUGAUCAUGAAGCAAAUGCAUUAUCCGAUUUAGCAUAUGAAUAUGUUAAUGUACGCCGUUUUCAUAAUGGUGAAUCUAAUUACAAAAAUAAUAUGCAACCAAAAGUGGGCUAUGCAGGUUAUUCUAAAUUACCCGAAAUGAUUGAUUGUUUAAAUCAGACGCUUGGUGUUGAAGUGAUGAACACUCCUAUCAAUGCAGCCACUAUAAUUAAGUUUAUUUCGGCAUUCUUUUCGAUUGUUGCAUUAAUGUUUCAACAUGGUGAUCCUAAUGUUUUGAUCGACAUGACAAAAUCUGAAAAACAAUAG